UUGAUUUGUGACUUGGACAUUUUUGUUUUCCCAUAAUCUUGAGUCAAUUUAAUAAUCAAAAAGCAAUCCAAAUUAAUCAAUCCCUUAGUGGGCUAAUCUCAACAACAUUACUAUGAUGGAAUAUUGUGAAUUUGUGUUUGAUUCUUCUUUCUAUUGUUGAAGUUCCUCUUUAGUUAUUUACUUCAACUUCUGUCUCAAUCCCAUCUUUUACAAUUUCACACAACUUAAUCUUGGCUGGUUUGCUGAAAUUUAAAGAUCUUGACAACUUGAAACGAAAAACUAGUUUGGCUUGACUAGUGAAAACAGACUACAUACAUGGAAACAGAAAAAGGAAAAGGACAAAGGGAAAGCCGGGAAGCAAACAGCUCAUCGCAGGUCUCAUCUGCUUUGCUUCGUGAGGACAUUGUCAAUCUUCAUGAUUUCAUAGAGAGGUUAAAGAUUGAACAGGAUCAAACUGUUCUUGAAAAGCUGAUAUUUUUGUUGGCAUGUUUACAGCUUUGUUAUUACAUUUCGGAUGGUUCUAAUACCAAAAUGUCUUGCAUAUCAUAUGAGGUUCAUGGUCUGGUUCAGUCACUUUUUCAUCAGAGUGGAGAUGACAUGCUGGUUAAAUUAAAGGAUCACGUCAUUCCUCGCCUCCUUAAGAAUAUCAAAAGUUGUGUCGUCUCAGAUCAUCAAUCUGAAUCAAGUGCCACCAUUACUGAGGGUCAGUUGGUUGAACUUUUGGACGCACUCAUUGUGAAUCUCCAUUAUCUACCCAAGGUUCGUGCUGAGUUGAUUUUACCAUCAAUGACUCAAUAUGAGCUUCUUCAGAAUGUAUUUGGCAACUUAAGGGAUUUCCAUGGGCUGAAAGUAAAUGGUUGCAUUGAGCGUAAGACAAUUGAAUACGCCUUACCGCAGUUUCAACUUAUGGCUGAAAGAGUAGGUCACUUCUGUACAAGCCUUUUAGCUUAUGCAGUGGAGGAUAUGAAACGGACCAAGCAGAUGAAGAGGAUCAUUGAAGUCAAUUCCAUGCUAGUCCAUCUACUUUUGAAGAUAAUUCCGGUUUCACUGGAGGUUAUGUACAUAUGUUCUACAAAUUUGAAAGCUGCAAAGUCAGAAGAAGUUGGAUGCUUCAUUAAGAAGCUCCUAGAAGCCUCUCCAGACGUUCUUAGAGAAUAUCUGAUUCAUCUACAACGACACAUGAUUAAUGCUAUUGCUCCUAGCACCUCAGCUCGAAACAUUCAUGUCGUGAUAGAGUUCCUAUUGAUUAUUCUUACUGAUGUGCCCAUGGACGUUAUUCAUCAUGAAAAAUUGUUUGUUCUCUUGGAACGUGUUGGAGCACUUACCAAGGAGGUAUCCAUUAUUGUUCACAACUUAGAAAAGAAUAUCAAGGAAACACGCGGUGCGAGUCUGAACUUGUUGGAAAAUAUUGAACUCCUGAGAAAAGAUCUCAAGAAUGUUUUCUUGAAAGCCCCUGCAGACUCAUCUCAGCUCUGCUUCCCCAUGAGUGAUGGACCGCUCUUCAUGACUCUUCUAUUUAGACAUUUAAAUGACUUGCUCAAUUCCAAUGCUUAUUCAGUUGUUUUGAUAAAAGAAGAAAUUGGUCGGGUGAAAGAACACCUAGAACACAUAAGAUCAUUCUUCGGGAAUGUGGAGCAAGUAUUGUAUAGAGAUCUUUGGACUCGUGUUCUAGAUGUGGCAUAUCAGGCGGAACAUGCCAUUAACUCAAUUCUUGCCAGAGAUCAAGGUCUCUUGCAGCUUAUCUUCUUACUUCCUGAUACCGUAGAAAAGAUCAAGCUUGUCAAAAAAGAGUUACAAGAGAAGAUCUCCAAGAACACGUGUAUCAUUUUUGCAAACUCUCCUAACAAGCCAGUUGAAAACAAGUCAUCAACAGCUAGUAAAAUAAUUGUAGGUUUUGAGGAGGAGACAGAGUGGAUAAUUAGGAAGCUCACCAGCGGACCAUCUGAGGUAGAUGUCAUUUCCAUAGUCGGCAUGCCGGGGCUUGGAAAAACUACUUUGGCUUACAGAGUAUUUAAUGAUAAGUCUGUUGUUGGUCAUUUUGACAUUCGUGCUUGGUGCACAGUCGACCAGGAACGUAAUGAGAAAAAGUUGUUGCAAAAAAUUUUCAAUGAAAUUGGUUUGAAAGAAAGAGUCAGUGAGGAUGACAUAGACGAUGAUGUUGCUGAUAAGCUACGGAAACAUCUGUUUGGAAAGAGGUACCUUAUUGUCCUUGAUGACUUGUGGGAUACUGCAACAUUGGAUGAGCUGACAAGACCUUUUCCUACUGAAUUUCAGAAAGGAAGCAGAGUUAUUUUAACAAGUCGAAAAAAGGAAGUGGCUUUGCAUGGAAAAUGCCACAGUGAUCCUCUUGAUCUUCGAUUGCUAAGACCAGAAGAAAGUUGGGAGUUGUUAGAGAAAAGGGUAUUCGGAGAAGAACAUUGCCCUAAUGAACUAAAGGAUGUUGGAGAAAAAAUAGCCCAAAAGUGUGGUGGGCUUCCUUUGGUACUUGAUUUGAUCAGCGGAGUUAUUUCAAGGAAGGAAAAGAAAGAGGCUUUGUGGCUUGAAGUUCUCAAUAAUUUGAGUUCCUUUAUUUUUAAGGAUGAAGAGGAAGUGAUGAAGGUUAUACAAUUAAGUUAUGACCACUUGUCAGAUCACAUAAAGCCAUGCUUUCUGUACCUUGCAAGUUAUCCAAAGGACGAAGAUAUUUAUAUCUGUUGGCUGAAAGAUUUAUGGAGUGAUGAAGGACUUGUGGAACCAAGUGAUUUGAAGAGUGUGGAAGAAGUGACAGAGGUUUAUGUGGAUGAGUUAAUUUCUAGUAGCUUGGUAAUAGUGAAAGGUGGUAGCGAACAGAGUUGCCAAAUUCAUGAUCUUGUGCAUGAUUUUUGUUCAAUAAAAGCUAGAAAGGAAAAACUGUUUGAUUUGACGAGCUCAGUUGUUCUGUCUUCAUCCUUUUCUUCAGAUCUGAUGCUGCGUAGACGGACCAUUAUUUAUGAUAAACGCCGUCAUUCUGGUGAUACCUCUUCCUUUUUUAGUCCAAAAAAGAGAAAUCCUUAUGUUAAGCACCUACUCUCUUUGAAAUGUAACUACCUUCCCUAUAACUGUCACCUAAGACACUUGAGGCUUCUUAAAAGGUUGGAUCUGGGGAGAGUACGAUUGACAGAAAAGGAAACUUUGACAGAUACUGUGCUGAAUGAAAUAGGGAUGCUUGUUCAUUUGAGGUGCUUAAGGAUUGAGAUGAAGGCAAAAGCUCUCCCUCCGUCAUUUUCAAACCUCUGCAAUCUUGAAAUUCUGGAAGUGACUAAUUGGGUACCAGACAUGGUAUUAUCCCCUACCAUCUGGAGUCUUGCAAAGCUACGACAUGUGUACGUCUGUAAUUGUUCUGUCUUUGACUCGUAUAUUGACAAACCAACACAGCUAGAGAAUCUAACAUCAUUAAAGUAUCUCAAGCUUUCCUGUUCAGUAGACUCAUCAGAUAUUUUCAAAAGGUUUCCCAAUCUUCGAAUCCUUGGAUUCCGCAUGGAUUGUUCAGCAGCAGAGCAAAUAUAUUUUUCAAGAUUGGAUGUCUUUAAUAAACUUGAAAGAGUUUAUGCUCAAUUUGAGUGCUGUGGGCGUCUUAGACAUGUACAUCAGUUUGAUUUUCACUUCCCUUCGAGCUUGAAAGAAGUUAAUUUGUAUGGCAUCAAUCUGACAUCAGAUGCACUGUCAGGAAUUGGGAGAUCACUACCCAACCUUCAAAAGCUGAACCUAUGGAGAACACGCAUCGAAGGGGGAAAAGAAUGGAACAUGGAACAUGUCACCUUCCACAAUCUCAAAUCUCUACUACUGUAUAAGGUGUCUUUUUCUGAAUGGCAGGUUACUGGAGAUGAAUCAUUUCCCGUGCUCGAGGAAUUAUAUAUACAAUAUUGUACUGAGCUUAUAGAGAUUCCAGAGAGUUUUGGAGAUAUUGCUUCGUUAAAGUCCAUCGUACUGCUGGGAAGCCAUCAGCUUAAAGAGUCUGCACUCAAGAUUAAGGAAGAUGUUGAAGAAAAUACGGGGGACAACAAACUUGAGGUGAAAAUUGGGUCGUAAUGGACCGACGGUACUUGUGUUUUUUAAUAAGAAUAGAUGAGAUAUUGUAUGUAUGCACAGUACAAUAUUUUACUUAUUCAUACUCCAUAAAGAAUUGCUGUUGGCCGUCUA